AUGGACUUAGUGAAGAACAGUGUCUUGAAUGAGGAAGUAAGGAGGAAGUCUAGUCCUAGUUUCUCGCGUUCAGAUGUAAUGGUUUCUGAGUCAAGGGGGAGGAUUUCAUAUAGAGAGCCCAUGAAUAACAAGAACAGGAGUAGGAGCAAAUCUAACAAAUUUGCUAACUUGGAGUGCCAUUAUUGUCAUAAGAAAGGGCACAUGAAGAAGGAUUGUUGGAAGUUGAAAAAGGAUAGCAAACUUGGAAAGAAGCAAGAAGAUGGUGAAGAUCGGGUGAUUGUCACCGAAGAUCAAUUUCUUAUUCUUCUUGAGAGUGAUGCCAUUAAUGUUGCAUGCCAGGACACUAGUUGGGUUGUUGAUAGUGGAGCUACUACUCAUGCUAUAUCGCAGCGGGAUUUGUUCACUACCUAUACUCCAGGUAGUUAUGGUUCUGUGAAGAUGGGUAAUGAUGCAGUGGCCAAGGUUGCUGGCAUUGGUGAUAUUUGCUUGGAGACUAGUGUUGGUACUAGAGUUUUGCUUAAGGGAGUUAAGCAUGUCCCAAAUAUUCGGUUGAACUUGAUCUCUACAGGAAAACUUGAUGAUGAGGGUUUCUAUAGUCUAUUUGGAGGAGGUAAAUGGAAACUCACAAGCAUGGUUAUGGCUCGAGAGGUUGUUCCUUCUACAUCGGUCCACGGUCAGGUUGAGGGUGAUGUUCAUGUUGAUACACCUGGUGCAAAUGCUCCUGCACAUGAUGAUGUGAUCAUGGUGACGAUCAUGGUGAGACACCAACUACUGAGAACCGUCGACAAGGUAUAG